GAUUACCGAUGUCGCCAUCGCGUUGUCUGUCGCUGGAAUUUUAGUUCGCGACGUUCGUCCAGUGAAACGUGGUCGUUCGACGCUUGUGUGUCUUUCUUGUUGACUGUGUACUCUCUCGACAGCGAUAUAGAACGUGUCGAAUACCGAGCAAUGAGUAAUCGUGAUAGAUCUACGUGUUGAGGUUAAAUUGCAGUUGAAAAAUAAUCGUUCGAUAUCGGCUGCGCUCGUGUGAACGGGCUAUGUAUCGGUUUUGCGUGUUUUCUCGAGGUCAUCGUCGGACUUUGACAGACGCUGAUAUGUCACGGCUAAGCGUGAUAUUAUUCGUACUAGGUGUUUGGAGUCUUAUUGGCACGGUAUCUGCAGCACAAGAUGGUCAUUGUAUUUGGUAUGGAGAGUGUUAUACAGAUGCAUUUAUGCAUAAAAAGAAUUGUCCUUAUACGGGACCACCUAAGUUACUGGAUAAUGAAGGCCAAGAAUUAUUGGCCAAAAAUUGUCCUCAUUUAAUGGUUGACUCUGGAAAUGGGAUUAAUACUUGCUGCGAUACAAAUCAAUUAAAAACAAUGGAUAAAAAUAUCAAAUUGGCAGCUAAUUUUUUAAACAGAUGCCCUAGUUGUUUAGAUAAUUUAGUAAAGCAUUUCUGUGAAUUUACUUGUAGUAAGGAACAAAGCAAGUUUAUCAAUGUUACUGAAAUAGAGAAAGUAAAAGAUGUGGAGUACAUUAAUGCAAUAGAUGUUUACAUAACAAAUAGGUACUUGGAAGGUACCUUUAACUCAUGUAACAAAGUAUCAGUACCCAGUACUGGGCAAUUAGCAAUGGAUUUAAUGUGUGGAAUAUGGGGAGCUAGUAGAUGUACUACAUUAAAAUGGUUUCAUUAUAUGGGUGAUGCAAAUAAUCCAUAUGUACCAUUUCAAAUUACAUAUAUAAAUACCGAUGAACCUUUAGAUCCAUUUAUUCCUGUGGAUCCUGUAGUUACUCCCUGUAAUAAAGCAUUAAAUAAAAAUACACCAGCAUGCAGUUGCGUAGACUGUGAAGCCAGUUGUCCAGUACCUCCACCAGCUCCUCCUUUACCAAGACCAUUCACCAUUUUUGGCUGUGAUGGCUAUGCUGUAGUGAUGAUCAUUACUUUUGUGUGUGGUUCAGUUCUCUUCAUCUUAUCCACAGUGUGCUUCAAUAAUAGAAAACAAAUUGUUGCACGAGGUGAGGAAGUAGGAAGGCAGGUGGGUAGACGCCUAGCCGCAGGGUUACAUCACCCAGGAGAUGGUGCUCGUAUUGCUCUCGCCGCAGACCAGGAAGACAGCCCACUUCAAUCUAAACGUUCCAGUGUGAUAUCUGCAGAUGAUUUGCCGAGCGGAUUCGAUGACGAAGAGCAAUCAACCUUCAUCGAAAGAUUGGGUGCAGGCACAGACAAACUGUUAGCAGAAUUCUUUUGCUGGUGGGGUACAGCAUGUGCGUCACGACCAUGGUUUGUCCUUUUCCUUGGUUUCUUGUUUAUUAUUGGUUUGGGGCAUGGAAUCAAAUAUAUACAUGUUACCACUGAUCCGGUUGAAUUAUGGGCUGCCCCGCAAUCCCGAUCAAGAAUCGAAAAAGAAUAUUUCGAUGAACAUUUCGAACCAUUCUACAGAACCGAACAAAUAAUUAUAACAUCAGUUGGUUUGCCAAAUAUUAUGCAUAAUACAUCCAACGGUGUAGUUACGUUCGGCCCCGUAUUUAAUGAUACUUUUCUCAAAACUGUCUACAAGUUACAAGAAGAAAUAAAAAAGAUAACAACACAGAAUAACUAUACCUUAGCAAACGUAUGUUUUGCACCAUUGACCAGUCCUUUUACUGGUCCCGUAACAGCGUCACAAUGCGUAAUUCAAAGUAUAUGGGGAUACUGGCAAGAUAAUGUAGAAACUUUUGAUUACACUACCAUAGAUGACGAUAAUUUUACAGUGAAUUAUUUAGAUCAUUUCAGAGUUUGUUCGCAAAAUGCGUAUAAUCCUGAAUGUCUGGCACCUUAUGGUGGCCCUGUAGAACCAGCAAUUGCAGUUGGUGGAUUUUUAUCACCAGGCCAAGACCUCCAGAAACCUUCGUAUGAAAAAGCCACAGCAGUGAUUUUAACUAUACUAGUAAAUAAUUACCAUAAUAAAUCUAAGUUACAUCCGGCAAUGGAAUGGGAAAUGAGUUAUGUCAAGUUUAUGAAAGAUUGGAUAGCGACGAAGAAGCCAGCAUUUAUGGACAUUGCCUUCACUUCGGAGCGAUCAAUAGAGGACGAAUUGAAUCGUGAAUCUCAAUCAGAUGUUUUAACUAUUCUUGUAUCAUAUAUUAUCAUGUUCGCAUAUAUUGCGAUUUCUCUUGGUCAGAUAAAAAACUGCAGUCGACUUCUGAUCGAUUCUAAAAUUACUCUUGGCCUUGGUGGUGUACUCCUGGUAUUGGCUUCUGUUCUUUGUUCUGUUGGUUUAUUUGGUUUCAUUGGCAUUCCGGCUACGCUCAUUAUUAUUGAAGUCAUACCGUUCCUUGUCCUUGCUGUUGGAGUAGACAAUAUUUUCAUUCUUGUCCAAACACAUCAAAGAGAAACUCGUCAUCCCAAUGAAUCAAUACCUGAACAUAUCGGCCGUAUUCUUGGUCAAGUGGGACCAAGUAUGUUGCUCACCAGUGUGUCCGAAAGUUGUUGUUUCUUCCUUGGCGGAUUAUCUGACAUGCCUGCUGUUAGAGCUUUUGCACUGUAUGCCGGUAUGGCAUUAUUGGUGGACUUUGUGUUACAAGUAACAUGUUUUGUUAGCUUACUAGCACUAGAUACUCUUCGUCAAGCAAACAAUAAACUCGAUGUAUGUUGUUUUAUUCGUGGUUCGAAAAAAGACAACGGAGAGGAAGUAGUGAAUGGAAUUUUAUACAAACUUUUCAAAAUCGUGUACGUUCCACUACUGUUGAAAAAGUGGGUGCGUGCAUUCGUUAUGUUAGUAUUUUUUGGUUGGAUUUGUUCGAGUAUUGCGGUCGUUCCACAUAUUGAAAUCGGUCUAGAUCAGGAACUUUCUAUGCCCGAAGAUAGUUUCGUUUUGAAGUAUUUCAAAUUUUUAAAUAGUUAUUUAUCUAUUGGACCACCAAUGUAUUUUGUUGUAAAAGACGGUUUGAAUUAUUCCAAUAAGGAUGCGCAGAAUCUUGUGUGCGGCGGUCAAUAUUGUAAUAGUGAUUCAGUGUCUACUCAGAUAUUCAUAGCAUCAAAACAAUCAAACAGGACAUAUAUAGCAAAACCUGCAUCAUCAUGGAUAGAUGAUUAUAUCGAUUGGUCUCAGCUACCAAUGUGUUGUAAAUAUUUUAUUUCAAAUAACACUUUUUGUCCGCAUACAGGAUCAAGCUCUUAUUGUUCUUCAUGUAAUAUUACCACAAAUAAUAUCGGUCGACCUAUACCAACAGAUUUUGAACAAUAUGUAUCGUUUUUCUUACAAGAUAAUCCCGAUGAAAUGUGUGCUAAAGGAGGUCACGCUGCUUAUGGUCACGGUGUUAAUUAUGUUACUGACCCUGAAACAGGACUGUCGAAAGUUGGAGCGUCUUAUUUUAUGGCUUACCAUACUAUAUUGAAAACAUCUGCUGAUUAUUACGAAUCAAUGAGAGCUGCAAGAGUUAUAUCGGCAAAUAUAACGGACACGAUUAACGAUUAUUUAAAAAGUAUCGGUAGCAAUCAAAAUGUUGAAGUAUUUCCAUACAGCAUAUUUUAUGUUUUCUAUGAACAGUACUUAACAAUGUGGCCUGACACGUUAUAUAGUAUAGGAAUAUCCUUAAUCGCUAUUUUUGUGGUAACUUUUCUCUUGAUGGGCUUGGACAUAUUUUCCUCUGUUAUCGUUGUAACAACCAUCACUAUGAUUGUUGUUAAUAUUGGUGGUUUAAUGUAUUGGUGGCAUAUAACGUUAAAUGCAGUGUCCCUCGUUAACCUCGUCAUGGCUGUUGGAAUUGCCGUUGAAUUUUGUAGUCAUUUGGUACAUUCUUUCUCAGUAUCAGUGAAAACAACAAGGGUCGAAAGGGUUGCUGAUGCAUUAACGAAUAUGGGAAGUUCGAUUUUCAGUGGUAUCACUCUUACGAAAUUUGGUGGAAUUGUAGUACUCGGUUUUGCUAAAAGUCAAAUUUUUAAGGCGUGAUGUCGCGCCGAGGGCAUAGAAGAGCCCAAGGAUGUGCCAGCAGGGCUAGAAACGAAUUUAGGAGUCAAGGGCCUGACUCUCCUUUACUCCAAAAUGACAGCAAUCAGUUCCCAACCACUUCCUACGCCAGUGUGAACUCCAUAGAUCAGUCGCAUCAUCAAGUGGUGACUUUUUAGAAUUAAUCGUUAUCCGAAUUAACUCAUAAAACGAUUUUUAUACUUAGAGAGACUGAAUACAAUCUGCCUGUAUAAUACAGAAUUAUUUUUACUAUGUGGUCAACAAUUUUCUUUGUAAAAGAUUUGGUAAGUUUGCGUCUGAUGUUGAAUUGGAGAUGAUCAAUAGGAUCAGUGCGAACUAUGAAGUUCACGUCUGGUAUAUUUUGUAACAAGGAAGAGAAAAAUUUCGUAUCAUUAAUAUAAUAAGAUAACGUUAUUUUUAGGAUAUUUAA